AUGAAUUUCUCUAAAAAUUCAAUUCUCCCCCUAAUUUUAAUUAUUUCUUUAAAUACAUUUUUGGUAUUAGCUUAUGAAGAUAAACAACAAUCUGAAAAUAAUGGAGAGGUUAAAAAGGGAAAGGAUGAAGCUGAUAAUAUGAUGAAGAUGCAAAAUCCUCCCCAAUUUCCUGAAUUGCCACCCUAUUUGGAAAAGGUCCUUCCUUCAGAUGCUAUACAAAAAUUAAAGGCAAUCCAUGCCGAUCCUUCUUUGUCUUUCCUACAGAAACAGGAAAAAAUAGACAAAAUAAUGACUUCACUUCCAGAUGAGGCAAGAUUUAUUAAAGAACACGCUUUAACACUAGUCAAAGCUCCAAUAAAACAAACAUCAAAAUUUUCAGAUUCUUGACAAAAUCCCUCCACCCCCUGGAUUUGAACGUCUUCCAGAGGAUGUUCGAAACAAACUUAAAGCUAUACAUCGCAAUAAGGAAAAAUCGUGGGCUCAGAAACAACAGGAAUUAC